AUGCGUGAGAAGAGAUCAUCGUAUAACUUGUUACUUAGUCCUAAACCGAAUACAGUCGAACAGAAAUCGGAUAAGACGGUUCGUGCGAUGAAUAGUUUUGCUUUCAUGGUAGUCCAGAUUCCAGCCAGGUUUGAACCUGAAACAAGUUUGGAGUCCAGCCAGGUUUGA